AAAAUAUCGUGCAAGAUUUAUGGUAAGAAGCGGAAGCUUUUAAUUUGAAUGAAAAGCGAGCAAAACAGAAAAAAUAAUAAACUGAAUAUCAGAUGACAGAGAGAUCUAAUCCCAUAAUGUCCUGCAACCACCACCUCCUGCUUAAAAUUUUCUUGAGUUUGCUUGGUGCUGCACUGGCCAUUUGUUUCAUCCAGCUGGGGGCCCUGGAUUUCAUGAAAACCUUAAUAGAAUCUGGGUACUCUGGCACCUCUCACCAUGCAAUUUUCGUCAAACCAAAACUUGGGCCAAUUCUCAGUACAAAUCGUUCAUCGUGUUUCAGUAAUGGUAUAUUUACAAGACCUAGUAUAUCAGAAAAACUGCUGAAGGACAUUAUGAAACGCAGAGCAGAGGAGUACAGGCAACAUCAACUUAGGAUGGGGGCAAACUUGAACAGACUUAUUAUUGCACCAGCCAACUCUCCUCUCCAAUAUCCAAUCACAGGUUUCACAGUAUCUCCAAUGCAAAAAUCUCUAAUACCAGGUCUUGCUCUUCAGGCACAAAAGGGGGAAGCGUACAAGGUGUCUUUGAGUGUGAAUAAAGGAGUACUCUCCGUGGAGGAUCUUCUGGAUGGAGAUCAGGUGGAGGGACAGGGUCGGAGUAAUCUGACCAUCUCAUCCAGCAACCUCACACAACUCAACGAUCUGCUCUCCAGAGUGACCUACACCAGCACCAUCUACCACAUCAAAACUUCAGACUUGUUUCACUUCACUUUUGAGGACCAUGAGGUCAUGUUUCCCAUCACAAUCAGGAGACAAACAAUUCCUGUUCUGUAUGACCCAGGAAAUGAUGUCAACUCACAGGUGACCAUAGUAACCAAGACAUUUCUGAGGUAUGAGGAGCUGAAUGUCCUCAUCAAGAGUAUCCGGAUGUUUUACCCACGGAUAAAGAUAAUUAUUGCGGAUGACAGCCUGAAGCCUGAACCUAUUACUGAAAAAAACAUUGAGCACUACAUUAUGCCCCCUACACAGGGCUGGUUUGCAGGGAGGAAUCUUGCAAUAUCACAAGUCACCACUAAAUAUUUCCUGUGGGUGGACGAUGACUUUGUAUUUUUGAAUGGAACCCGGAUUGAGAGCUUUGUAGAGAUUAUGGAAGCGGUUCCAGAACUGGACAUUCUUGGUGGUGCAGUAUCAGGCAAUCAGUUUUAUUUCAAAUUGAAGUAUGAAGAGGGAGAUGAAGAGGAAGGCGGCUGCCUAACACGUGUUAAAAAAGAGUUUCAUCAGCCACUUCCAAACUUUGAGGACUGCAUUCUAGUAGAUGGAGUUGUAAAUUAUUUUUUGGGGCGGACGGAUGCAGUGAGAAGGGUUGGCUUUGACCCGUUCCUGAAAAGAGUGGGUCAUUCUGAGUUCUUCAUGGAUGGACUUGGACAACUGUUGGUUGCUUCCUGCAAAGGCCUGUCCAUUGGCCACCAAAAACAUCGGCCUCAUGGCAAAUAUGCUUACUUCAGAACUCAGAAGAAAGCUGAUGGGAAGAGAAAAGUGUAUCAUCAUUUUUUUAAGAACUAUUUGAAGUACCUACAGUUCUGACAGGCUUUUAUCCUCCUCUCCCAUAAGACUGUUUUUGACCACCGAAGGAAUAUUUUGACUAGUAAAUAUCCUUGUUUCAGAUUUAGACAGUUACAAGUGUGAUUCUAAAAAUAAAUAAAUGAGCCUGUCCUAUUUUUUUUUUUUUUAUAUAAACAUGAAACCAGCUGGAACCCUAGACUAAGAAAUUUCUCUCUGUAAAUUAGUUUAUUUGACCAAUAAUGGAUAUCAGUCUACAUGUUAGUUUUUUUUCUGAGAUGAUUGCUGGCUGUAAGUUUAAGUGUCUUUAUGUGUCUGUUUAAGAUGCCAGUGGCUCAGUGACUGCUGAACAUGUUUGGUCACUAUUACACUGGUAAUAUUUUGUAAUCAAUUUGUAAACCUUUAUAGCAUUGAAUACAUUUAUAUGUAUUAUUUAUUAAUAUAUAUUUUUAAAUCUUUUGUCUGACUGGUCUUAAAAUACCUUAUAGCCUGUACUAGGUUUACAUUAA